AUGGACGAGAAUGGAUCUCUCUAUAUCACUGAUGGUGGAAAAAAUGAAGUGAGACGAUAUCGAAGAGGAGAAUCUCAAGGAACAGUGGUUGCAGGUGGCAAUGGAUAUGGAAAUCGUCUCGAUCAACUCUCUUACCCACGAUACGUAUUCGUCGAUCGAGAUCAUUCAGUGUACGUAUCUGAUGAGGGAAAUCAUCGUGUGAUGAAAUGGAUGGAAGGUGCAAAACAAGGCAUUGUCGUGGCUGGUGGUCAAGGACAAGGAAAUGAUCUUACACAAUUGUCAUAUCCUCUAGGAGUCGUUGUCGAUCAAUUGGGCACUGUCUAUGUGGCUGAUCGAGGGAAUAAUCGAAUCAUGCGUUGGCCUAAAGGAGCCACACAAGGAAGUGUCAUUGUUGGUGGAAACGGUAAAUGA